AUGUCCGAGUUUUUCCUCCUCACCUUCUUAGUCCUUUUUUCGGGAUUAUUUCCACGGAGCGAGCCCUCGGCAGUACCGGAUGAACGCCAAGAGGCCAUCUUGUGUGAUGUAGGGGAGUUUCACUGUCACGAUCAGGAACACUGCAUCCCCGAGGGCUGGCUCUGUGACGGUGAGCCCGACUGCCCCGAUGGCUCCGAUGAAAUUGACGUGGCUUGUAAAUUAGAUGUGGUGAUCCGAUGUCCACUUAAUCAUGUACAGUGCAUCGGGACAAAAAAAUGUAUUCAUUUCAACAAACUCUGCAAUGGAGCAAGAGACUGUGAGGAUGGCUACGAUGAGGGAGUCCACUGUCGAGAGCUUUUGUCAGCCUGCCAUGAGCUCCGGUGUCGCUAUGGCUGCGUCAUGACAAGAAAUGGAACCUUCUGUUUCUGUGCUGACGGUUUUGAGGUUGGCGAGGAUGGCACGAGCUGCCGAGAUCAUGAUGAAUGUGCCCAGUAUGGCUCAUGUAGCCAAACCUGCACGAACACCUACGGGUCAUUCAGUUGCGGCUGCGCAGAAGGAUACGUCCUGCAGCCUGACAAGACGUCGUGUAAAGCCAAACAAGAUCCUGGCGACAGGCAUCCCAUGCUUCUCAUGGGUGGAUCAGAUCGUAUUGUCAUCACCCAUCUAAAUGGAACGGGCUUUCUGCCCCUGAGGUCUCUGAGUGCAAAUGGAAGUCUGACAUUAGAUUUCCAGCACAACCAGGAGAAGAUUUGCUGGGUUCUGUCGAAUCAAUCCUCUGGGCAACUUCGAUGUGCUGAAAUGAGGAAUCUACGCAGACUCACGCGGGAAAAGGAAAUAACAACGCAAAAACACUUGCACAAUGCUGAGCACAUGGCUAUCGACUGGCUGACGGGCAACUUCUAUUUUGUUGACCGGGUCACCGACAAGAUAUUUGUGUGCGACCAGAGUGGCAACACUUGUGUGACUCUCCUUCAGAUAGACCUGCUGAAUCCAAAAGGAAUAGCACUGGAUCCUCUCACAGGAAUGAUGUUCUUCACUGACUACGGAGAUGUUGCCAAGGUGGAGCGCUGUAACAUGGAUGGCACCAACAGAACCCGGCUGGUGGAUUAUAAAAUUGAGCAGCCCACAGCUGUGGCAUUGGAUGUGGUCAAAAGGCUAGUGUAUUGGGCAGAUGCCUACCUGGAUUACAUAGAUGUUGUGGAUUACCAAGGCAAAAACCGACACAACAUCAUCCAGGGAAGCCAAGUGUCAAAGAUUUAUGCAUUAGCUGUGUUUGAGAACUACAUCUAUGCUACCCAGUGUACCCACUCUGACCCUUUAAAAGGAAUUUUCAGUGUGACGCUGCUGCAAAUCCAAAGGUUCAAUGUCACGGCAGAGCUCAAGUCAGUUCCAACUAUGGGAAAUGCACCAGCGCUCCGUGUUUACCACAAACUCACUCAACCCAAAGUUAAAUCUCAUGCCUGUGAAAUGAAUUCCUACGGGAAAAUGGGUGGAUGCUCCCAUAUUUGUCUUCUGAGUGGGAGCUACAAAUCCAGAACAUGUCAUUGCCGUGUUGGCUAUAUGCUUGGUUCUGAUGGCCAGUCCUGCAAAAAGCCCCAAAACAAUCUCUUCCUGUUCUAUGGUAAGGGGCGUCCAGGGGUCAUCCAAGGUUUGGAUAUGAACGUUAAGUCUAGUGAUGAACAUAUGGUGCCAAUUGAGGACCUGGUCAACCCUCGCGCUAUCGACUACCAUGCAGCAUCAGGACAAAUUUACUUUGCUGACACCACCAGUUUUCUCAUUGGAAGGCAAAACAUUGAUGGAAGCAAAAGGGAAACAAUACUUAAUGAUGAACUCGACAAUGUUGAAGGAAUCUCUGUGGACUGGAUCGGUAAUAACUUGUACUGGACCAAUGAUGGCUACAGGAAGACAAUCAGCGUUGCCAGGUUGCAGAGUGCCUCAGAGACCAGGAAAACACUGUUGGAAGGGAACAUGUCACAUCCACGAGCCAUUGUUGUUGACCCUCUGAACAGCUGGAUGUAUUGGACCGACUGGGAAGAAGACGAGGUCAACGACAGCAUUGGGAGGAUCGAGAAAGCCUGGAUGGACGGUUCGAAUCGUCGUAUUUUUGUCACUACGAACAUGCUAUGGCCCAACGGCCUUACAUUGGACCACAGCUCCAGUAGCAUGUAUUGGUGCGAUGCCUACUAUGAUCACAUUGAAAAGAUUUACCUUAACGGGACCGGGCGCAUGGUGGUCUACAAUGGAAAAGAGCUAAACCAUCCAUUUGGAAUAUCCCAUUAUCGCAAUUUUAUCUUUUGGACUGAGUACAUGAAUGCAUCAGUCUUCCAGCUGGACUUGUCCACUGGGGAUGUCAAUGUGCUGCGAAGUGAGAGACCACCAUUAUUUGGCCUGCGAGUUUAUGACGCACAAAGCCAGCAAGGUGACAAUGCGUGCAGUUUGAAUUAUGGAGGCUGUAGUACCCUCUGCCUUGCCAUCCCAGGAGGCAGAGUGUGUGCCUGUGCUGACAACCAAGUUCUGCAGAAGAACAAUGUCACCUGUGCAGAAGACUCUGGCAGCGUUUCAGAACCACAUCGGUGUAAAAGCGACGAGUUCCAGUGCCACAACCAGCGCUGCGUGCUAUCGCUGUGGAAGUGCGACGGAGACGACGACUGUCUCGACGGCAGUGACGAGGAAGGCCACACUUGCUAUAAUCACUCCUGUCCCAUUGGUCACUUUAAAUGCAAAAACAACCGCUGUAUUCCGAAGAAAUGGCUUUGUGAUGGGACGGACGACUGCGGUAAUAAUGAGGAUGAAGCUAAUACCACAUGCUCGGCCCGGUCCUGUCAGACUGACCAGCACGCGUGUCAGAAUGGGCGAUGCAUACCUCAAGCGUGGCUAUGCGACCGUGAGGAUGAUUGUGGUGAUGCAUCUGAUGAAGUAUCAUGCACUUUUCCCACUUGUGAGAUCCUCACGCAGUUCACCUGUUCCAACGGACGAUGUGUCAGCAACAAAUGGCGUUGUGACUCAGAUAACGACUGUGGCGAUGGCAGUGAUGAAUUGGGCUGCAUCCAGUUGUGCUCCAACAACCAGUUCCAGUGCAAAAGCGGCCGCUGUAUCCCAGAUCACUGGGCCUGUGACGGCGAUAACGACUGUGGAGACUUCAGUGAUGAGAACACCACCUGUAGCGUUGGAUCAGCAGGCCUGCCAUCUGUGAUUGAGUGCAGUGGGGAAGAAUUCCACUGUGUCGCAGAUGGGACUUGCAUCCCAGAACGCUGGAGAUGCGACGGCGACAAGGAUUGUGAAGACGGCAGCGACGAGAAAGACUGCGAAGGCACCAAAAGGAUGUGUGACCCUAAAGCCAAGUUUACCUGCAAAGACACAGGAAAGUGCAUUACAAAAAGCUGGGUGUGUGACGGUGACAUCGACUGCGAGGACCGUUCAGAUGAGGAGUCGUGCGAAUCGGCUGUAUGUAAGCCACCCAAGUAUCACUGUGCCAAUGACACCUCCAUCUGCCUGACACCUGACAAGAUUUGCAACACCAAAGUGGAUUGCCCCGACCGCUCAGACGAAGGACCAAUUUGCGAUCUAUGUCUGGUAGCCCGAGGAGGCUGCAGCCACAUGUGCACGGUGGCACCGGGGAAAGGAGUGGUGUGUUCCUGCCCCCCGGGACUCCACCUGGACUCCAGCAACAAGACAUGCGAGGUGGUGGACUACUGCAGCCGCCACCUGAAGUGCAGCCAAGUGUGUGAGCAGUACAAGACCACAGUGAAGUGUUCCUGUUAUCCAGGAUGGAGGCUUGACCCUGACGGAGACAGCUGCCACAGCACAGAUCCCUUUGAGGCUUUCAUCAUUUUCUCCAUUCGACAUGAGAUAAGACGAAUAGACCUUCACAAGCGAGACUAUAGCCUUCUUGUGCCGGGACUGAGGAAUACCAUUGCCUUGGAUUUCCACUUUAAUCGCAGCCUCCUUUACUGGACGGAUGUGGUGGAGGAUAAGAUCUACAGGGGAAGGCUCUCUGAGAGUGGAGGUGUGAGUGGGAUAGAGGUGAUCAUACAGCACGGCCUGGCCACCCCAGAAGGUCUGGCCGUGGACUGGAUUACGGGAAAACUGUACUGGAUCGACAGUAAUCUGGACCAGAUCGAAGUAGCUAAAUUGAACGGGCAGAUGCGAACCACUCUAAUUGCAGGUGGUAUGGAACAUCCGAGGGCCAUCGCUCUGGAUCCGGGACAAGGCAUUCUCUUCUGGACUGAUUGGGACGCAACGUUCCCUCGCAUUGAAGCUGCAUCAAUGAGUGGACAGGGUCGCCACAUUGUGUUUAAAGAUAUGGAAAUUGGAGCCUGGCCCAAUGGACUGACACUGGAUCAUCUGGAAAAGAGGAUUAUUUGGACCGAUGCACGCUCCGAUGCCAUUUUCUCUGCACUCUACGAUGGUAGCGGCGUCAUCGAGAUCCUUAAGGGACACGAGUACCUGUCCCAUCCUUUCGCUGUGUCACUCUUCGGAGGUAAUGUCUACUGGACGGAUUGGAGGACCAACACUUUGGCACGAGCCAAUAAGUGGACAGGCCAGAAUGUCACCGUCAUCCAGAAGACAAGCGCUCAGCCUUUUGACCUGCAGAUCUUUCAUUCUAGUAGGCAGCCACAAGCUUUCAACCCUUGUGAGGAGAAUGACGGACGCGGUCCCUGCUCGCAUCUGUGUCUCAUCAAUUACAACUCCACUGCAUCGUGCACCUGUCCACACCUUAUGAAGCUCGCACCCGACAAACAAUCUUGCUUUGCUUUGAAAAGGUUCCUCCUGUAUGUACGGCGGUCCGAAAUCCGAGGUGUGGACAUCGAUAACCCAUACAUGAAUGUCAUGACGGCCCUGACUGUGCCAGACAUUGACGAUGUCACUGUAGUGGACUAUGACGCUCAAGAGGAGAGGAUCUACUGGGCUGAUGUUAAAACACAAACUAUUAAACGGGCUUUCAUUAAUGGGACUAAGCUGGAAACCAUCAUUUCUUCAGACAUAGUGAACUGCCGUGGCCUGGCUUUGGACUGGCUUUCCAGGAACUUAUAUUGGCUUAGCUCAGAGAAUGACGAGUCACAAAUCAAUGUCGCUCGCUUUGAUGGCUCCCUGAAGACUUCGGUCAUCCACGGCAUUGAUAAACCAAGGUGCCUUGUAGUGCAUCCCGCUAAGGGGAAAAUGUAUUGGACAGAUGGGAAUACUAUUAACAUGGCCAACAUGGAUGGAAGUAACAGCAAGGUCCUCCACCAGAACCAGAGAGAACCUGUCGGUCUCUCGGUAGACUAUGCAGCCAACAAGCUAUACUGGAUUAGUUCGGCCAAUAAAACCAUCAACAGGUGCAAUCUAGAUGGAACUGGACUGGAGGUGCUAGAAACGCUAAAGAGGGACCUAACUAAGGGCACGGCUCUUGCCGUGAUGGGCACCAAACUGUGGUGGUCAGACGAUGAAUCCUCAAAGCUGGGAACUGUCAAUAAGAGGGAUGGUCGUAACUUUGUCAAUCUGAGAAACAAGACUGGUGGUGUAGUUCAUAUGAAAGUGUAUGACCGGGAAGGUCAGAAAGGAAGAAACCUGUGCCAAAUAAAUAACGGAGGAUGUUCCCAGCUCUGCUUUCCAACUUCUGAAAGCACCCGAAGCUGCUCUUGCACUGUGGGAUAUAACCUGAAGAGUGAUCGUAUGUCCUGCGAGGGUAUGGAUUCAUUUCUGAUGUAUUCCAUCCAUGAGGGUAUAAGAGGGAUUUCUCUGGACCCAAAUGAUAAUAUUGAGGCCCUCAUGCCUAUCACAGGGACACUUUUUGCUGUGGGGGUAGAUUUUCAUGCAGGGAACGACACAGUAUACUGGACAGACAUGGGCCUGAACAGAAUAUCCAGAUCCAAACGUGACCAGACUUGGAGGGAGGAUAUCGUUACUUCCGGCAUUAGUAGGGUGGAAGGCAUUGCUGUUGACUGGAUGGCUGGGAACCUUUACUGGACAGACCAUGGUUUCAAUCUUAUAGAAAUAUCUCGUUUGAAUGGUGCGUUCCGAUCAGUGGUCAUAUCUGAAGGUCUGGAUCAGCCUCGAGGUGUCGCUGUCCACCCUCAGAAGGGGUAUCUCUUCUGGACUGAGUGGGGCCAGAACCCAUGUAUUGGCCGCUCUCGAUUGGAUGGUUCAGACCAAGUCACCUUGGUCAACUCAGGCAUUAUGUGGCCCAACGGGAUUUCUAUAGACUAUGAGGAAAAUACAUUAUACUGGUGCGACGCUCGCACAGAUAAGAUCGAGAGGAUCAACCUUGAGACAGGUGAGAGCCGAGAGAUUGUACUGUCUUCGGCCAAUGUAGACCUGUUCUCCGUGGCUGUGUUUGGGCCUUACAUCUAUUGGGCUGACAGGGCCUUUUCCAACGGUUCAAUCCGGCGAGGCUUGAAGACUGACAGCAGUGAGGCCGUGACAAUGAGGAGUGGCCUUGGGGUCAAUUUGAAGGGGGUGACAGUCUUCACUCGAGGCAGAGAGAAAGGUUCCAACCCAUGUGCCAGGAACAACGGUGGUUGUCUCCAGCUUUGCUUCCAUGUGGGCAGCGGCCGUCGAACUUGCUCCUGCGCCCACGGGCGCAUAUCAGAGAACGGCUUUUCCUGCGAGCGCUAUGAAGGUUAUCUCCUCUAUUCUGAGAGGACGACUCUCAAAAGCAUCCACCUCUCUGAUGAAAAUGACCUGAACGCACCGCUCCGGCCUUUUGAAAACCCUGCUCUUUUCAAGAAUGUCAUAGCCCUGGCAUUUGACUACAGUCAGAGUACAGUUGGCACCAAUCGUAUCUUUUUCAGCGAUGUUCACUUUGGAAAUAUCCAAAUGAUCAACGACGACUGGACUGGACACACUAUUAUUGCUGAAAGCAUGGGUUCGGUAGAGGGCCUGGCAUACCACCGAGCCUGGGACAUCCUUUAUUGGACCAGCUCCACGACCUCCACUAUCAGCAGGCAAACCAUCGAGCAGAAAGGAGUUGGUGUUGUUAGCCGCGAGGCUGUAGUUACUCUUUCUGAGGAAGACCACCCACAUGCCUUGGCCCUGGAUGAGUGUCAAAACCUGAUGUUUUGGACCAACUGGAAUGAGCAGAGACCCAGCCUCAUGAGGGCCACCUUAACAGGCAAGAACAUGCGGAUUAUCGUCAACACUGAUAUCCUGACACCCAAUGGACUGACAAUUGAUCACAAGGCAGAGAAGCUCUACUUUUCUGACAGAAGCCUUGGCAAGAUUGAGAGGUGUGAUUUCGAUGGAUCCGGCAGAUAUGUCAUUGUGAAGUCAGGCGAAGGAAACUUCUAUGGAUUGGCCAUCUAUGCAGAUUUUAUCUACUGGUCCGAUUGGGCACGCAGGUCAGUGCUGCGAGCUGACAAAUAUACGGGCGCUGACGUCCAGGUGCUCCGAGCAGACAUACCCCAUCAGCCUAUGGGAAUUAUUGCUGUUGCCAGAGAUACAAACAACUGUGAGCUAUCGCCAUGUCAACAUAUGAAUGGAGGUUGUGGUGACCUCUGUUUGCUGACCGCCCAAGGGAGGGUCAACUGCACUUGCCGCGGUGAACGCAUUCUACUGGAUGACAACAGAUGUGUGUCAAAAAAAUCAUCUUGUAACAUCCACACAGAGUUCGAGUGUGGGAACGGAGAGUGCAUUAGCUACGAGCUUACGUGCGACGGAAUUGCACACUGCAAAGAUAAAUCUGAUGAAAAGAUGCAGUACUGCGACAACAGGAACUGCCGUAAGGGUUUCAAGCCCUGCUACAAUCAACGCUGUGUGGCCAACAGUCACUUCUGUGACGGGAUCGAUGACUGUGGGGAUAACUCUGAUGAAGCGUUCUGCGCCAAUGUCACAUGCAGCUCAUCAGAAUUACCCUGCAAGGAUGGGAGCUGCGUACCCCGCACCGCCUGGUGUAACCAGGUCAUUGACUGUGCCGACGCUUCGGAUGAAAAAAACUGCAACCACACCGACUGCUCUCACUUUUACAAGCUGGGGGUGAAAGAGAAAGAUUUCAUCAGGUGCAACUCAACUUCACUAUGCAUCCACUUCUCUUGGAUCUGCGACGGUGCCAAUGACUGUGGAGAUUAUGCUGAUGAAGCCAACUGCCAGGUUUCCCAAGGUCAGAAGUGUGAGGAAGGCCACUUUUCAUGUCCCAGCGGGAACUGCAUCUCCAGUGUGUGGCUUUGUGAUGGCCAGAAAGACUGCGAAGAUGGCGCGGACGAAUUCCAGUGUGACUCGUCAUGCUUGUGGAACCAGUUUGCCUGCUCCAAGAAUAAGUGCAUUGCCAAACAAUGGCUGUGUGACGGCGAGAACGACUGCGACGACGGCCUUGACGAGAGUGUGCAGAUCUGUGGAUCAGUGACAUGUGCCCCAGGGCUGUUCAGCUGUCCAGGAUCGUAUGCUUGUGUUCCGAAACGCUGGCUCUGUGAUGGUGAAAGAGACUGCCCUGACGGGAGUGAUGAACUUUCUGCAGCUGGCUGUGCACCCAACAACACGUGUGAUGACAGCUCCUUUCACUGUCACAACAAAGCUUGCAUCCCUCAGAGAUUCGUGUGUGACCACGACGACGACUGCGGAGACGGAUCCGACGAGUCUGUGGAAUGCGUUUACCGGUCAUGUGGAUCAGGAGAGUUUCGCUGUGGGGAUGGUCGCUGUCUUCUCAGCGCACAGUGGGAGUGCGAUGGCUACGCAGACUGUCCCGACCACUCAGAUGAACUGCCUCUGAACCUCAAAUGUCUAGCCGCAGGAAGUUUGUGCAACGGCUCCUUCUUCAUGUGUUCCAAUGGACGCUGUAUUUCUGAGGGAAAUCUCUGUGAUGGGAAAGACGAUUGUGGGGACCAGUCGGAUGAGAGGAACUGCAAUGUCAAUGAGUGCUUGAAUCGCCGUGUUAGCAGAUGCACACAGGACUGCCAGGAUCUUCCUGUUGGAUACAAGUGUAAAUGCUGGCCCGGUUUCCACUUGAAGGAUGAUGGGAGGACCUGUGUUGAUGUUGAUGAAUGUGCCACCACCCUCCCUUGUAGCCAGCGCUGCAUCAACACUUACGGCUCCUACAAAUGCUUGUGUGUAGAUGGUUAUGAAGCACUGGAGCGCAACCCAAAUGUUUGCAAGGCUUCAUCAGCUGAAGAGCCUUUUCUUAUCAUGGCCGACCACCAUGAGAUUCGUAAGCUAAGUGUGGAUGGCUCCAAUUAUACUAUCUUGAAACAGGGCCUUAAUAAUAUUAUCCACAUAGACUUUGACUACAAGAAGGAAUUUAUCUAUUGGGUGGACUCGACCCGGCCCAGUGGGAGGAAGAUCAACAGGAUGCGACUCAACGGGAGCGAUCUUAAGAUUGUCCAUAAAACAGCAGUUCCCAGCGCCAUGGCGGUGGACUGGAUCGGAAAGAACCUUUAUUGGUGUGAUGCUGAAAAGAAAACGCUGGAGGUGUCCAAAGCAAAUGGUCUUUACCCUACUGUGCUGAUCACCUCGGGUCUCAAGAACCCUACAGAUUUAGUACUGGACCCGCAGACAGGGUAUGUGUUUUGGGUGGACUGUUGUGAACCGCCACACAUCGGACGCAUCGGCAUGGAUGGCCUUGGGAAAAGAGUGAUCAUCAACAAAGAGAUCUAUAGUCCCACUGCUCUGGCUAUUGAUUAUACCAACAACAGGCUCUAUUGGGCAGAUGACAACCAUAUUCUAUUUGCAAACAUGGAUGGCUCCCAGAGACACAAAGUGUCCUAUGAGCACAUCCAAGGGGUAAUGGCACUGACCUUGUUUGAAGACUUCCUCUAUUGGACGGACGGCAAAUCCAAAUCACUUCGACGAGCUCACAAGACGACAGGCACUCAAGGGCUGGAGCUCCUCAACUCUUGGCAGGCCAUUAAAUCUAUCAAGGUCUACCACUCCCUGUGCCAGCCUGAAGUGCCCAAGCACCAGUGUCAGAUUGCAAACGGAGGUUGCAGCCACCUAUGUCUACUAUCCCCCGGUGGCGAACACAAAUGUGCCUGCCCCAGUAAUUUCUACCUGGCUGCUGACAAUAAGACCUGUCUCUCCAACUGCACCUCUAGUCAGUUUCGCUGCGGAACGGAUGAGUGCAUCCCUUUCUGGUGGAAGUGUGACACAGUGGAUGACUGCGGGGAUGGCUCAGAUGAACCCACCGAUUGUCCGGAAUUCAAAUGCCAGCCAGGACGUUUUCAGUGUGGCACUGGUCUCUGCGCGCUCCCUCCUUUCAUCUGUGAUGGAGAGAACGACUGUGGUGACAACUCGGAUGAAGCCAACUGUGAGACAUACAUCUGCCUCUCAGGCCAGUUCAAGUGCACCAGGAAACAGAAAUGCAUUCCUCUGAAUCUGCGCUGCAAUGGUCAAGACGACUGCGGUGAUGGAGAAGAUGAGACGGACUGCCCUGAGAGCACAUGCUCCCCUGACCAGUUCCAGUGUAAGGCAUCUAUGCACUGUAUCUCAAAGCUUUGGGUUUGUGAUGAGGACCCCGACUGUGCCGACGGGUCAGACGAGGCUAAUUGCGAUGAAAAGACCUGCGGACCUCACGAAUUCCGUUGUGCGAAUAACAACUGCAUCCCAGACCACUGGAGGUGUGACAGCCAGAACGACUGCGGAGAUGGCUCGGAUGAGCACAACUGCACGCCAGUCACCUGUAACCACAAAGACUUUGCUUGCGCAAAUGGAGACUGCAUAUCAUCCCGAUUCCGCUGCGACGGGGACUAUGACUGUUUGGAUAAUUCUGAUGAGAAAGGCUGUGAGGCGCACUGUGCUGAUGACCAAUUUCGAUGUCACAAUAACCUCUGCAUCUCCAAAAAGUGGAUGUGUGACAGCCAAGAAGACUGUAAGAUGGGAGAAGAUGAGAGAAACUGCCAGGGAACAGUGGCCCCCUCGUGUUCUGUAAACGAGUAUGUGUGCGACAGCGGCGGGUGCGUAUCAGCCAGCCUACGUUGUGACGGACACGACAACUGCCUGGAUGGAUCAGAUGAGACUGGUUGCGUGAAGGAGUGCAGAGAAGAUGAGUUCCUGUGCCUAAAUCGAGCACACUGUAUCCCUCAACGCUGGCGUUGUGAUGGUGUCAUGGACUGCAUGGAUCACAGUGAUGAGGAUAACUGCAGUCAGGGUGCUUUCUUUUGCCGGGCUGAUGAAUUCAUUUGCAAUAACACCUUGUGCAAACUUCACACGUGGAUAUGUGACGGCAAAGACGACUGUGGUGACAAUUCUGAUGAAGAUGCAGACAUGUGCGAGAAACUUCCGUGCCCUCCUACGAGGCCAUUCCGCUGUAGAAAUAAUCAUGUUUGCCUGCGUGCAGAGCAAGUCUGCAAUAAAGUGGAUGACUGCGGUGACAGCUCGGAUGAAGAAGAGUGUGAGGCAACGGUCGGACGACCUCGACCUUGCGGGAAGAGCGAGUUCACCUGCAAUAACCGCCGUUGUAUCGCCUUCCAGCUGCAAUGUGACCUCUUCAACGACUGUGGCGACUGGGGCUCAGAUGAGCAGGACUGCAAAGCCUUUUCCAGCGGUGAUGUAUGUGGCAAGAAAACAAAUCCAUGUGGAGAGGACGCCAUAUGCAACCAGACAAAUACAAACGCAGUAUGCCAGUGCAAACCGGGCUUCAAGAGGAACCACAAGUCAGGCCAGUGUGACGAGACAAAUGAGUGUCUGCAGUUUGAUGCGUGCCCUCAUUACUGCACAAACACCAAAGGAUCUUUCAAGUGCACGUGUGACAGAAAUUAUAAGGAAUUGGAUGGAAACUGCAUGGCAAAAGGCACAGAGGAUCGAGUGCUCUACAUAGCUAAUGACACUGAAAUCCGAAGUUAUGCGUAUCCAUUUAACCAGAGCCUCGGACACAAAGUGCUCACCCAAGUUGAGGACAAUGCACGCAUUAUUGGGAUGGAUGCUUUGUUUCACCACCAGAAGUUUAUCUGGGCUACCCAAUUCAACCCUGGUGGAAUAUUUUACAAAGAAAGUCUGGAAAGAAGCCAAACUAAAGCAAAUGUCCGAAAUAUUUGUUCAGACUUUCGACGACCACGAGACAUUUCCGCCGACUGGAUUACUGGGAAUAUCUACUGGACUGAUCAUUCCCGGAUGCACUGGUUCAGUUAUUACACGGCGCACUGGACGAAAUUACGAUAUUCCAUAAACGUCGGACAACUCAAGGGCCCAAAUUGCACUCGCCUGAUCACAGACAUCGCAGGGGAGCCUUACGCCAUCGUCGUAAACCCCAACCGAGGGAUGAUGUACUGGAGUGUAGUUGGUGAUCACUCUCACAUAGAAGAAUCGGCCAUGGAUGGUUCCUUACGAAGAGUGCUUUUAGAGAAGAAUCUCAGGAGACCAACUGGGCUUGCCAUUGAUUAUUUCAAUCAACGUUUGUACUGGGCUGAUCCUGAGCUUUCGCAGAUUGGCAGCAUGAGAUUGGAUGGUUCCGACCCACUGAUGACGAUCAAUGAGAGACAUGGUAUCUCCCAACCAUAUAGAAUUGAUUUAUUUGAAGAUUACAUCUACGGAACUGGACUCAAACACGAGAUCUUCAAGAUUCACAAGUUUGGCAAACAGUCUGUGGAGUUUUUCAACUUGGGUGUGGAGAAACCAACCAAUGUUUUGAUCGCCCACCGAUUCAAACACCAGGAUGCGUCAAAUCCGUGCCUGAGGAUGUCUUGUGAUUUCAUGUGUUUGCUGAACCCAACGGGUGCCAGAUGUACUUGUCCGGAAGGCAAAAUACUGAUCAACGGCAGCUGUAGUGAUGUCAACACCUCAGGUGAACUGUGUCGUCCCCCCUGUGAGAACGGAGGCCGUUGCCUGGCCAAUGAGAAAGGAGACUGGAGGUGCUACUGCUGGCCUGAUUUCUCGGGUGAACGCUGCGAGGUCAACCACUGCACCGACUACUGCCUAAACGGAGGCACCUGCGUGGGCUCACCGCUGGGUAAGCCUACUUGCCAGUGUCCUCUGGGCUUCUCAGGGCCGUUCUGCGAGAAGAGGAUAUGCGACAACUACUGUUUGAACGGUGGAACGUGUGACGUCACUCAAGGGAACCAGCCGGUGUGCCGUUGUUUGUCCGAAUACACAGGAGAGCGCUGUCUCUACCAUAUUUGUCACCACUACUGUGUCAACUCCAAGGCGUGCACGCUGUCCAGUAGCGGCUACGUGGAGUGCGUGUGCCCCGCCAGGUUCGAGGGGAACAAGUGCGAGGUGGACAAGUGUCUCCGGUGCCAUGGCGCGCCGUGCCUCAUUAACGAAGAUACGGCAGAUGUGGUUUGCAAUUGCACAAAUGGGCGAAUUGCACCAAGCUGCCAACUGUGUGAUGGAUAUUGCUACAAUGGAGGCACCUGUCACCUGGACCCUGACACCAACCUGCCUUUCUGUCACUGCACAUCAGGGUUCAAGAACCAACGUUGCGAUGAGCUGGCCAACCCGUGCGAUUACUUCUGUCAGAAUGAGGGGAUGUGCACAUUAACAGCGCUUAACAAACCCCGCUGCAAGUGUUCUACAAACUGGGCUGGAACACAGUGUGAGAGACCCGCACCAAAGAGCAGCAGAUCGGACAAUACAAGUGGAGGGAGCAUAGCAAUUAUUGUGCCUCUGGUUCUGCUGGUCAUCUUGAUCGUGAUGGUGGUUGCGGGUAUUUACAUCUGCAGACGAAAGCAAAGGGGGAAACGUGUCCAGAGGCAACCCAUGACCAAUGGAGGGAUCAAUGUAGAGAUCGGGAACCCUUCGUACAACAUGUACGAAGUGGACCAUGACAACCAUGCCGAUGCAGGCAGCCUGCUGCGACCUAGCUUCACACUGGACCCUCAUAAGGGCUGGUGUGUCAAAUCCAGCGACCCUCGCGCCUUGGGUGUCAAUUCGGUGCCCAAGGAGGUAAUCCCUGGACAGCCUAUGAAUUACGCCAACCCAGUGUAUGCAAAGAUGUAUAUGGACGGGCAAAACUGUCAGAAGCCGCUCAUCAGUAUCGACGAGAGAAGAGAGCUACUCCCAAAGAAAUUCGAGGGGAUUAUUCAUGAAACCGCCGCAUAG